CGAUUUUUCUGCCUUGUCCAUGUUCCCGUUGUUGAGCCAUCGAUCAUCCCCUAUCUCUGAGCGCUUCUUAUUCCCUGAUUGAGCUGGGCUUCUGUCCGACCGGCUGUUCUCUUUUCCAUCAUGUCUGCCGUUUCUUCAUCAGCCAUGAAUUCUCAGGGUCAGAGCGCUCGUCAGUCAACGCGACAGACGAGAACGAACCCAUCCCGCACUUCCAAGACGCUGGGACGCUCCUCUUUUGCUUAUGGUCAUUCGUCGAUGACAGACACCCCUUCUGCGACCCCUGUCGCCCAUGGCUUCUAUCCCGCUCUCACUCAUUUCACGGACGCUAUCACGGCCCUCCCUCGGGAAUUUCGCCGGCACAAUUCGCUACUGAAAGAAGUCGAUGCAAAGGCCUGGGCUCUUGAGGAUAAUCUGCUUCAACUGCUGAAGGCUUCUUCGGAAUCACAGCCUGUGCCAUACUCCUCCAACCCGAACCCCAUUGUCUCUGGGACUGUCCGGGAAGAUUAUAUACCCUCGGGACUCUCGCACAACCCCGAAUCCCAGGAAAGCAAAAACCGCCGUGCCCUGUUCGAUCGUGUGCGACAUACACUCUCGGACCUGAUGAUGACUGCGGACGAGAAGAACCACGUUAUUUCGAAUGCGAACGAUGAACUAGACCGGCAGCUCACACGUCUGGAUACUAUCUUUCCGUUCAUCGCAGGGGAAAUUAGCGAUGAGGCUCGUCUAGGGAGUCUCUCUCAUUGGGCUUAUUCGAAUAGAAAUGUCGCCAAGACGACUACUAAUGAGCGACCUCGCCGGGAGGCCGCAGCCAGUAAGGAAUUGGUUCAUGCGAUCCAUGAGGUAGAGGCUGCUUCUCGGAGCGAAGCUAGGCGCGAAGCUGUCAUGGCACGCAGGCAGCGUCGCGCGCAUGCUGAUUCGGAUCUGGACGAUGUGCGUGCUCGAAAGGGACAAUCUAGCAAGGCUCGCGGAGGUGCAGGUGCUGGCGAUCAGUCGGGCGCACAUGGCCAGGGAACCACUGGGACGGGCCAGGCCAAACGGCGCAAGGUCGAGCGACCGCCGGCGGUGGAGGGUGGUGCUGCAAUGGAGCGCACUGCUAGCAACGCUAGUACUUCGAGACAAGCUGCAUCAAAGGAUGCCGCUGAUGCUACGAAGAAGAGAGCCCGGGCACCGAAUGCGAAUGCGGCUGCGCGAAAGAGGAACAAUACCAAUGUUUCUGCGGUUGAUUCGCCUGUCUUGGCCCCGUCCCCUGUAGUCGCUGCAGCGGCCAUUCCACGGAGUGCCGCCAGCCCUGGGCCUGGUGCAGUGCGGCCGCAGUCUUCUCGCACCCAGCAGAACUCGGGGCAAGCAAACAAUGGCCGUCAGAGGCCAUCAUCUUCGGCAUCGAACCGUGUAACUAGCAAUAGUAAAAUCACAGAAACAAAGGUUACCGUCAAAGAAACCGCAUCCAAAACUGAGGCUACACCUACGUCUAAUCCGGAUACACAACGGGAACUGGAAGAGGCGACGGUGGAUGUAUCGAAGGUGCCACCUCCAGUGAGCACCAAGCGCGAGGAUACCGACGGGAAACCUGCACAAUCCAUUGAGCCAGGAGAAACACCGGUGCCUUCUGUGUCGAACCCACCACCAAAGGGCCGAUCAUCCAAGACGUCAACACCCACUCUGGCCACCUUCUCCGAGCCAGCUCAGCGCGUGCGACCGACUCGCAGUACAGAUCCGGCGCCAGCCAAACGGUCUCAUAAAAAGAACAACAGCAUCCCGGUGGUGCAACCGCGGGCGGUGUCCGAAGAGGAAGAAUCUCUCCACGAGGGUGAUGAUGAGGACGAGGACGGCGAGCCCAGAUACUGCUACUGUAACGAAAUCAGUUUCGGCGAGAUGGUUGCGUGCGACAAUGACGCCUGUCCUCGCGAAUGGUUCCACUUGUCAUGUGUCGGCUUGACGAAACCUCCUGGAAAGAAUGUCAAAUGGUAUUGCAAUGAGUGCAAGGAGAGUAUGCGACGGAGUCGAAGUGGGCGAUGAUUGGAAUGAGCAACAUAGAUCAAAAUCUACUAGUCGCUGGUUGGCAUAUGUAUAUAAUAUAGACAAUGAGGUGUUUCGGUCUGUUCUCUCAUGACUUGCUACCUAAAAUAUUAGAAUCGAU